UGCUCCCUGGUUUUUGCGGUGUAUUGUGGGAUUUUUUAGGGAGCGAAUGUUCCAGUGCACUGGGAUAAUAUUGCGAUUGAGACAGACCUUAAAAUGGCCGACUCCCUGAUCAGUGUCCUGAACUACUGAUCUAGGGAGCUGGUUGAGAAGCACCAUAAUAUAGAAGAGGCUGAAUCGAACGCUUAAGUCGUCAUCGAUGACGUCAGUACAGGAAAUUAACGCACGCUUGUUUGCGGAAGUUGAUGUGAAAGAGCGCUUCCUUCUCCGCACGCGCUUCGGAUCUCUGAUACUCUACGUAACAUCACUAAAGGGUCCUGAAUCUUUACACCUCUUAUAAUGAAAUCAGAGUCCAGACGCCGGUCGUUAGGAAAAUCUCCACGGACUCCUGCUGCUACUGGCUCAAAGAUGUGCCACUGCUCAGAUUGUGGGAAGAGUUUCACUGGAAGUCAUAAUCUAAAAUAUCACGAGCGUAUCCACACAGGAGAGAGGCCAUAUUACUGUGGACAGUGUGGAAAUAGUUUUACAUGCCAGGGUCAUCUCCAGCGACACAAGCGCAUCCACACAGGAGAGAAGCCAUAUUACUGCUCCCAGUGUGGAAAUAGUUUUACUCGUCAGAGUGCUCUCCGACAACACCAGCGCAUUCACACUGGAGAGAGGCCCUAUCACUGUGGACAGUGUGAGAAGAGUUUUACUUAUCAGAGUCAUCUCCGACAACAUGAGCGCCUUCACACAGGUGUAAGGCCGUAUCACUGUGGACAGUGUGAGAAGAGUUUUACUUGUCGGAGUACUCUCCUACGACACAAACACAUUCACACAGGUGUAAGGCCGUAUCACUGUGGACAGUGUGAGAAGAGUUUUACUCGUCAGAGUCAUCUCCAACGACACCAGGGCAUUCACACAGGAGUAAAGCCAUAUCACUGUUCGCAGUGUGAAAAAGGUUUUCGUGACCAGAGUGCCCUCUACAGCCACCAGCAGAGUCAUACGGGACAGAAGCCGUACCUCUGCGGACAAUGUGGACGGAGCUAUACUCAUUCAAGUUCAUUAAGGACACACAAGUGCUCUAACGUAAAGUCAUCAGAUCUUGAUCUGUGAAUUUGUCAAAUGCUCUGUUUUUGCAGCAUCCAUUUAACUACAGCAAAAUACCCUGUAUGGCCAAAAGUAUGGGGAUGCCUGACCACCACUCCCGUAUAUUUCUUUUGAACAUCCUCUGAUGGAAUGGCAUCCAAUCCAUGAUGCCUUGAGCCCAGUGUUCCUGAUAAAGUGUUCAGAUUUACUGCAACACUGACCAGGAGAACACGGUUACACUGUAAGAUCAAUGAAUGGAUUAUUGUUGUGUAUAUAUGUUCCUUUAAGAAGUAAGAUGAUGUUUGUAUGUCCUGCAAGUCUUAGAAUUUUUACCACAGGAUCACGAUCACAAUUGUGGAUAUACAGUGAGUUGAGCAUUGAGUUACCAGAGGUCUGGGUUUGAUACCCCUUCACUUUGGUAAAUUUCUUGUUUAAUAUUGUAUCAGAUUUAUACUUUUCUUAUUAAUCACCAAAAAUUCUCCAUAAUGCAAAUCAUAAACAGGUUUUCUCAUAGUUGUGUAAUUUCUUUUAAAAAAUCUGAUGAUAUAUUUAUAAAUCUUCAGAUGUUUUGCUUUGACACUCACAGGUAAGCUCAUCAUAUCAUCAUCCUUCAUGUUUUUCCAUCUUGAAUAAAGUUUACCUGUGGAAUAUUUUGAGUUGAUUAGUCAAAUUACAUUACUAUCAGUUUAUCCAUUAAUAUACCUGUAAUGAUGCUAUUAUACUGAAUGCUGAGCAAAAGUCCACCAAAAAGAUUCUAGUAGAACAGACAACAUUUCAGAUAUCUCAGAAUAAAUCUGACACACUUCCUCACAUCAUUGUCACAUUCUUAGGUUUAAUUCAGACCAAAGGUUUUUAAUGUUUUUUACUGGAUUGAUCUUCACAUAAUCUGUUUACUGUGCACUUUCAAUGUCUUUAGAUCACCAAGAGGAAUAUCCAUGUCUACACCAGUCUAUUCUACAGAGUGGAAAGGCCUUGCUUAUGUAGAGAGGACAGAAAAGAGACGGGAGAGGAAAUGGAUAAGAAGGAAGGUUAAGUUUGGGAAUGUUAUUAUCUCUGACUUUGAAAAAACACAAGGCAAGAAAUGAAAUAUAUAACACAGUCCGAGACAGCCCUAGAUAUAAACCUGUCAUAAAUAAUUGUGUGUGCAUGUCUGUAUUUAUUUAAUUAAUUGUUAUGCUGGGCAUAAGCCAUCAAACCUUAUUUUGAUAGGCAAGUGUGUGUGUGUGUGUGUGUGUGUGUGUGUGUGUGUGUGUGUGUGUGUGUGUGUGUGUGUGUGUGUGUGUGUGUAUGUAAUUACAGUGCCCUCCACUAAUAUAGGCACCCUUGGUAAAUAUGAGCACAGAAGGCUGUGAAAAAAGAGGUGAUUUUGGCGCACACAUAGAGGUAGCCAUGUGGAAAAAGUACCUCAUGUCGAUGGUUAAAUAUGGUGGUGGAUCUUUAAUCUUUUGGGGGCUGUUUUUCUGCCAGAGGACCUGGACAUUUUGUUAGAGUACAUGGCAUCCUAGACUAUCAAAUAUAUAAAUAGGCUGUGGUUGGAUCUUCCAGCAGGACAAUGAUCCAAAACAUCCAUCAAAAUCAACACCAAAAUGGUUUACUGACCACAAAAUCAAGGUCCUGUCAUGGCCAUCCCAGACCCCUGACCUGAACCCCAUAGAAAACCUGUGGGGUGGAUUGAAGAGGAGAGUCCACCAGCAUGGACCUCGAAAUUUGAAGCAUCUGGAGAGAUUCUGUAUGGGAACUAGAAAAAAAUUGUUUGCGCUCCAAAUGGCUAAAAAAAAAAAAACGCAACAACUUUAUCUUCAGGUGCAUAGAGCCAAGAGAAUCAUUACAAACAAGCAAAAAAAUUGCUGACCAAACACUGAACUCAGUCCAGACUAAAUAAGUUGAGCAAAAUUCUUUAUUUUAUAAAUCGCAUAGUUCACAAUGUGCAUGUGAAUUAAAAGCCAGCCCAACAUGAGCAGACGUUUCAGCACAUUGCUUUCUUCAGUGCUCACAUUGCAACAAACUGACUCUUUUCUUAGUAGAUUGUCACAAAUUGGUAAUCAGCUGGAUUCACUUAGCAAAAGUAGAAAUCCAAGAGAGUAUAACAGUUAAUACAUGUGGCACAGAAUAUUAUAGAUAUGCAACUAAAACAAGUUGUUUUUUUUUACAAAAAGCAUGAAUGUUCUAAUUCUUCAUUCAUGCCAUAAGGGAAUAAAGACCUAAGUUCAAAGAUCCAAAAGGCCUCCCUUUGCAACACUUUCUUAUCUCUAUCUCCGCCUCUUCUAUGAGGUAAAAUCCUCUCAAUGCCUAGUAACGUCAUGCCGGACAAAGAGUGUUUGGCAAACUUAAAUUGAGAAUAAAUUGGAGAUGUCAUCCUGUCUUCUAAUGGCACUGGUAUAUUCUAUGCACUUGUGUGCUAUGAUAGUUCAGCGGUAACCUGCAGGCUUUCUAUGCCUUGGCUCAACAAAAUGUCACUUAACUAACCCCUAAAAUGCCAACCCACAUUAUCCUUUUAAUAAAAACAAACCUUACUCUGGCUCUUACACCUCUACUCUGCACACUUUGCUUUUCUAGAACUCAAUUAAAAGAUCUUGUAUGGUAGCACUACUUGUACUGUUCUCCGCUUGAUAUAUCGCUUUGCUUGUAUUUCCUCAUUUGUAAGUCGCUUUGGAUAAAAGCAUUUGCUAAAUGAAUAAAUAAAUAAAUGUAUGUUCAAUGAUUCCAGUGCAUAAUGUGGUUUUGCUUAUAUAUAACAAUGAACAAAUGAUAAUAUAGAUCACAUAUGUACUCUUGCAAGUACAAACAAAACUGUUCAUCUGAACUGUGUUUAAUUACAAUAUUCCUCAGGGCAUGUUUAAUUUAGGUAUAAUUUUUAUCCAUAUGUCAUGGUGAACGAUGUGGUGAUAUAAAUAUCAUAUAGGUUUAGGAAACAACAUUUACAAUAUAUGUUGUAAUAUGUGCUCUGUCUCCACACACAUACACCCCUGGUUUGCAUGGCGGACUUUUGUCCUUUUGAACAUUGGUUCAUUCCCAUUUGGUAUCUUUUUCACUAUACAUUUCAAAGAGGCUCAGGGGUAUAACAGAAAAAGGGGCUUGUAACAUAGAGAGUGGCUGGUAACAUCAAGGAAGGGGCUUGCCUUUUGUGCCAUUAAUACUAUUAACAUCACGUAUCCUAUGUCCGUGAUGCAGAUCAACAUUUCUGUAAGUUACAUUUGUCUCUAUUCUAUGCAUUUGUCUUAUGAUUUUGUGUAAUAAAUUCAUUUGUUAUUUCUA